AUGGAUUACAAUGCGCUCUUCAGAGUUGAUGGCAUGGUGGCCGUCGUCACCGGCGGAGGCACUGGCAUUGGCCUCAUCAUGGCUAAGGCUCUCGCCACCCAUGGCGCCGCGAAGGUGUACAUCCUGGGGCGUCGUCUCAAUGUGCUCGAAGACGCCGCCAAGGGCCACCCCAACAUGAUCCCGCACAAGUGCGAUGUCACCUCGAAGGAAGACCUCCAGGCCGCUGUCGACCGCGUCACUAAGGAGGUCGGAUAUGUCAAUCUCGUCGUCGCCAACUCCGGCGUCGUUGGGCCCGCGGUCCGCUACAACCCGUCCCUUUCAGUCUCGGAACUGCGCAAGGUUCUCUUCACCGACUUUUCCAUGGGAGACAUGACCGAGGUCUUGAAUGUCAACGUCACGGCCGCCUUCUUCACCAUGUCGGCUUUCCUCGAGCUGCUCGAUGCCGGAAACAAGAACGCACUCAAGGGCGGCUUUGGCAAGCCCGACAAGGAGGGAAGCGAUGUAGUGGCCAUCCAGAGCCAGGUCGUCUUCACCAGCAGCAUUUCCGCCUAUAGCCGACACUACGCUUCCUCACCACCGUACAUGGCAAGCAAAGUCGCAAUCAUGCACCUCACAAAGCACGCCAGCAGCCAGCUAGGCAGGCUUGGCAUCCGCGCCAACGGCCUGGCCCCGGGAUUGUUUCCUUCGGACAUAGCUGCGGGAAUGAUUGGUGACCGCAAGCCCGAGAAUGAGGCGACUAAUGACGAGAGGUUCAUUCCUGCCCGAAGGUUUGGCGGGGACGAGGAAAUGGCUGGGACUAUUUUGUACCUGGCGGGUCGCUCAGGAAGCUACUGUAAUGGUUCCAUCAUGGUUACAGAUGGCGGUCGGUUGAGUCUCAUGCCCGGCACAUACUAG